AUGAACAAUUUUUUACAAGGAACAAUCGCUACUUUAGUGCAAACGGAAAAUAUCGCGCGGCAACGCUUCCAGGCGCUUGCGUAUUAUCUUGACGUGUCGCCUGUUUUACGUAUGUUUACAGACAUCAACGGAGUAUCUCAGAGAACGAUUGGUCUCGCUGGGGGAGCAAAAGUAACCAUCUACGGGAGUGGCUUCAGUGAAGAUCAAUACGGAGGCGCAAAUCGUGUUUACAUUGGCAACGUCAUAUGUGAUGUUGACUGGUACAACAGCGCGAGUCAACAUCGCGUUGUCUGCUUAACGAGACCAUGGCCUGACAGUGUCGAAGGGGAAUGCACAGAUUACUUGCCCGUGCAGGUGUACGUAGGCCGCCUGUCGUUCACAAGAAAUCUCAUUCGCUAUUGCUGGGGGAGGACUCCGAGGAUAGACAGUGUUUUGCCCAGAUCAUUUGUGGUGAAGACAGUGGUGGAGUUGAAGGGAUGGUUUGUAUCGGGCGAUGCCAGGAAAAUUGAGCGUGUGAUGGUUGGGAAUGAUGUGUGUGAUAUGUUCAGACCGGACAGCUCGGAGUUGUAUAGGAACAAUGAAUUAGAUUCGAAUACUUUGAAGUGUCAGGCUGCUUCUCGCAAGGUGGGGUUCCAUAAUGCAGUCAUCCUCCUUCCUGAGUAUGGCGGGUCGUCGUGGAAUCGUUCUCUUGCUCUUCAGCCUGGACCGAGUGGGCAGUUGUAUAUGUAUGAGAUUCAUGCAGAUGUGACAAAUGUUUAUCCCAAUCUUGGCUCUUCAAACGGUGGCACACUUCUCAGAAUCAGUGGAUCUGGAUUUGGUACUAAUGCCAAACAGAUUUCUGUGGAUGUAGGUGGAGUGCCGUGUACAAUAGUGGGGAAAGUCAAAAAUGAUUUAAUAACUUGCGUUACUGGCUCACCUUCUCCUGACUCACCCGUCAUUCAGACAACUAAUGGCUCGUUUGAGUUGAGCAAUGGAACAUUUUUUGAAGGUGCACGAGGAGCCACAAUGAAAGUAUGGCAUGACAUUGACGGAACCUUGUUGAGUAAUCUAAUCGCCAGUGACAACUACCCUCAUUAUCCAGACGUCAUUUAUAACGUUGACGCCUUUUCGUCACCCUGGUUGUAUGGAGACAGGUAUGGAGUAGAAGUGGAGGCUGUGUUCACAGCUGAUCAGGAUAGCUGGCAUACGUUUUAUAUUGCUUCUGAUGACAAUGGCGAACUUUGGUUUGCCAAUACUACAAAUGCUUUGGAAGCACAGCGGAUUGCAUUUGUUCCUGGGUGGACAGGCCUAACUGACUACUGGAAGUUCACUGAACAAAGGUCGGCUCCUAUAAAUCUGACAAAAGGCCAAAAAUGUUACUUGAAGGCACGUGCCAAGGAGCAUGGUGGUGGAGACUUUGUUAAAGUUGCCGUAUUGGUGCAUACACCAUCUUUUAAAUAUACCAGAAAAGAAACUAAAGCAGCUGUUGCCGAGCACCAGCAAGUUGUCACAAGAGCUACUGUGCACAAUGAAAUACAAGCUAUUACGAUGACUUACUCAUUAUCGUCUUCUCAUCUCAAUUCAGCAUUUCAAUUUGUUUGGGGUAAUCGUCAGAGCCCUCAACUGAGUGUGGAUGCAACUAAUGAGGACGUUCGUCAAGCUAUUCUAGAUUUGUUUGAAGCAAAAUGUGAUAAGUUCAGCUUAGACGAUGAUACAUAUGACAUUGACUCUUUUGAGCAAGAAGGAGAACAUUGGAAUGUGCUAAGUGGAAAAACUCGUCCUAACAUUGUUUAUGGUGAUGCCUACUGUGGUCGUCGGUUUUUGGAAGUGGUGUCUGGAUAUGCACAAAAUUUCAAUGGAGAUAGUGGACUAGAAGGACUUCAGGAUAAGUUAGGGUAUUUAACUGCAGACUACCCUUAUGUUUGCAUGGCUUAUCGGAUUCCUCAAGGAACACAUGCUGCUCUUGCUGUGAAUAUUGUGGACCAUGGUUGGCGAUCUGUUCCAGUGACUGACUUUACUGAAGGGCUACCGUUUCCAUAUCUCUCAAACUGGGUAACUGAAGACGGAAGUCAAAUCCAGGAUGACAACCAGUGGCAUUACUCGUGUUUUAAUUUGGACUCGGCUCUGGCAAAUGUUUAUGGGAAUAGUGAGCCCUACGUUGUUAUUGGCAUUGGAUUUGCAUCUCCACAACCUCGGUAUCGUAAUGGUCCAUUCUUUGUUGAUGAGUUCUCAAUCUCUUCGAGAGUGAGAGGCACUCAGCAAGUUGAUGCUUCUGCACAACCAAAUGGUCUAAUGCUUGCUGAUGUGUUUGUCUCAAACACUACUUACAUUCAGAAUAACUCAGUGGCUAUUACUUUUGAGCUUGAAUAUGAGGCAACAAGUUGUUUUGACAAUUACAGCCUUAUUGAAGUGACUACAUCUGGUCAACUAGAUGUUUCAUCCCAUGUUAUUAGAAAUGCCAGUGAUGCUAUUGAAGGGACGUUUAAUCUUAGUAUGUUCGGUCAUUGGACACCUGAAAUUCCUCAUGAUGCCAACAGUGAAGAGCUAAAACUGGCAUUGGAGACUAUACCUGAAGUUGGUGAAGUCACUGUUUAUGAAUGGAAUCUUGAUGUAAAACGAAAGUGCAGUGUACGUGGCUGGAAUGUGUACUUUUUUGACAUUCCAAAUGAUCUUCCAUUAAUGAAGAUCAAUUCUAGUCUUGAAGGACAGGACGUACAUGCUUUUGUAAAGGAGUACUCACCCGGUGGUAUUCUGUUUGAUCCCAUACCGGGUUACAUGCUGCGUACUGUGGAGAGGACACCCCAAGUGCAUGUAGUAGUGAAAAACGUCAGUGCAAGUUGUCAGGGUUCGGGUGAAAGUGUUCAUGCUACCCGUUUUUCUGAAAAUACAAGUUGUCAAUUUGCAUACUCUCAUAAUGUCCAACCUGUUGUGUUGUCAUUGAGUCCUGACUCUGGAUAUGCAGGAGAUGUUGUUACGAUCACUGGCCUAAGAUUUGUCACAAAUGUCGAGGAGUAUGAUAUCAGGUUUGGAUCAGUGUCUUGUCAUGUUCAGGAUGCCACUGGGACAGAAGUUCAGUGUGUUGUUGGUGAUAAUUAUGCUGGUGAGCAUGAGCUGUAUUUUCAAAUCUACUCAUCGGGAAUAGCUAACACAACAGCAUUUUCAUUCCAAUACUAUUUGAAUUUUUCACUGAUUGAGCCAUCUGCCGGAAGUGUUGGAGGUGGACUAGUUGCGAUCUUAGAAGGAAGUGGAUUUCUUCCUUUCAGAAAUGAAAACUCUUCAUGUCCACAGCAAACAGUUUUGUUUGAUGACCAGCCUUGCAUAGUUGUGUCAUCAAACUCUACGCAGUUGCAAUGCAUCAUACCUGAAGCUGACUCUACUGGUUUUGUCAAUGUCACUGCAGUUGUGACAUCUGUAGAUUGCAAGCAGACUUCAUACACAUUGGAUGAUGCAUUUCUGUAUUCAGAUGCUCUCACGCCUCAUGUGGCAUCGAUUGAUCCAAGUGAAGGUAGUGCUGGUGGAGGAACAGUUGUAAGUAUCACAGGAAGUGGAUUUGCAAACACAGUAACUGGAAACACUGUUAAAAUUGGCUCAGUGGUGUGGAAGGUUUUGUCUGCAACUAAUGAUACCAUCGAAUGUGAAACCAAUAGUAGCAAGCCAGGGACUUACGACGUUGUAGUGUUUGUAGCAGGAAGUGGAAACUCAGUCAUGAAAGUAAAUUUCACGUAUGUUCUUCGCAUAGAUAAUUUGUCACAUUUUGCAGGAUCUAUUGUUGGGGGUCAGCGAAUUCAAGUGACCGGUGCUGGUUUUGGAACUAACUCUUCACUUGUUGAUGUUCUUUUGGGUGAUAAAAGUUGUAAUGUUGAAAUUGUGAAUAAUGAAGUAAUUCAAUGUGUUACUCGAUCAUCAUCUACUACUCAUCGGGUUGACAACUUGGGUCGUAAUUCGCAAUAUGGCGUUGGCUACCAAUGGCGUCCUCAACACAUUAGGAUUCAAGAAGGUGAUAAUGUUGAAUGGGAGUGGUUAAAGAUGAAGAAGCAAUAG